AUGACGUCACAUGGCAGAGAUUGGGCUCAGGAGGGCUGGCAGCAGCACACCGACGGAUCCUGGAGCAAGGAUACCCGGCAUUGGCACCCGCAGCAGUCGUCUCGAACGUGGGAGUGCAAGGUCUGCCAUUCCACCAACUGGUGCCCCAAGACCAGGUGUUCAGUGCGUGGCGUGAGGAAGUCGUUCGUCCCUGCAUCGGCUUCCACGGGAACGCCACAGUCAAGCUCUCCAGCAGGUGGGGUGGCAGCACAGCUCUCGGAGGCUGCUUCGAUACUCAAGCAGGCCUCCCCGCAGGGCGAGACGGAGGUCCCUUCGUCUUCAUCGGUCCAGAGCCCCUCGAACGAUGCCCCCGACAUGACCAGGAGCCAGCGCCAGACCGCCACCAAGCAGUUGGAAGCAGCGUUGGCCACCCUCCACGGCGCCGAGCAUGCGGCCCUGAGGGAUUCGAUCAACCAGGAGAUUGCCAGCCACAAGCAGGCGAUCAUCUCGGACAAGCCCCUGGGCCAGCGCAGGGACCACUGCAAGGCCGCGCUCGAGAGGGCCAAGAAGCGCUCCCAGCAAGCCCGAGAGGCCCUACGCCUCGCGGAAGCCGCCGUCCAGGCCGCCGACAAGGAGGAGCCCCGCCUGGCGCAGGAGCUCGCCGACCUCCAGCAGGCCAUCUCCGAGGCCCCCGUUCAAGAGGAGGGCCUCGCCGCACUCAAGUCGCAGUUGGAGGCGGCCUGCCAGCAGCUGUCCAAGGUCGAGGGCACGCAUCCCGACGCCAUCGCCGACGCCGAGGCCCGCAGUCGGGACCUUCUUCUGCGCUUCGAGGCUUCCCUGGACCAGCAUGCUGCCAAGGAGGCGGGCGGCAUGAACGUGCCGCGGCGCCACUCGGCGAAGAGCCCUCCGGUGCCAGGGGAGGACACGAGCGCCCCCGGGGUACUCGCCAUAUCCCGAAACGCCACCAUCGUCAGCAGCACGGGGAUCAGCAUCAGCCCGCCCACAGGCCUCACGUUGACAGCCAUCUCGGCGCACGCCCCGGUGGCAUCAGCGCCCGCGGAAGAGAAGCGCGCCUUCUGGGCAUCCCUCACUGCAGUGCACAAGCGCGCCCCGGUCGCCGUCAUCGAUGGCAAGGACGACAAAGAGGCAGCCGGCGUCAACUCCAACUACCAGUUCGCCCCCGAGCGCGGCCUGGCGCACGACCUCCAGGACGCCGCCGAGUUAAGCGGCGCCAUGGAGCCCUCCUGUUUCGGGAUCCCAGGCCACGAGAAGCGCAGCGACCACGUCUGGCUCGGCCCCCACUGGCACCGCAAGCUGCACGCCACGAGCGCCCCGCAGGAUUCGCUGUGCUUCUCCGAACGGGAGGGCCGCCGGGUAGUCAAGGCCACGGUCGCCUUGGACCAGUCGCUGGGUCCGAGGCCUGCCCCCAGCCUCAAGAUGUCAUCGGAGAAGCUGCACGACCCCAAAGUACGCCGGGCCUACAAAGCGGACAUGUUCGCCCUCGCAGGCGAGCUCCAGCACAACGUCACUCAGGGCCCCGACGUCUACCACGCUCAGAUGAUCGAGCACGUCCAGGACCUCCAACGCGAGCACUUCUUCGCGCCAGGGUCACAAAUUCCCAAGAAGCCCUGGAUCUCUUCGACGAAAUGGGCUCUCAUCAAGAACACCCCGGGCAUCAGGAACUUGGCAGUCUGGGGCUGGCAGCAGGCACAGCGCCUCCUACUCCAACGAGGGCUUCAAGCAUGGGCAGGUCAUCUGCGCAGUCCUGCUUCGCCCGAGUAUGCCGCUCUACGUGGGUCCAUCACGGCCGCCCGCAGGAGGGCGGCUCAGUCCUCUGCCCCCCUGUCGUCGCACCGCAAUGCUACGAGGGCGCUAACUUGGGCCGAUCGGCAGACCUGGGCAGAGGGCCCGGCAAGGCAGGCGGACGUCGCAGACCGAGAUGGCAACACCGAGGCUCUGUUCGGCAUCUCCCGCCAGAUUCGGACGCCCCGGGGUUUCCGGAAGCGCGCGAAGGUCAACGACGAGCAGGGCCGCUCGCUGAACGAUCCUGGUCAGAUCUCCUCAAGGUGGAAGCGCCACUGGGCGCCCUUGUUCGCCGGCCAGAUCCCCCCUAUGAGCGAGGUCGCUGCCCGCGCGCAGCAAUGCCCGCGCGGCAACUUUCGUGGGUUCAUCCCAAAAAAGGACAUGGGCCAGAUGGCAUUGGCGCUGAG